UUGCUAUUUAGGAGCGAAAAAUGCAGGAGAGGAGCAGUGGUUACGACUUAUGAGAACCCUCGUACCAUCGACAAAGAUCUCAACAUGUUCGUCGCAUUCCUCUUCAUACCUGUUGUGGCCGGGAACGUCUUUAUGGAAGGCAGUAUUCGGAAUGUUCCGGAAAUUACCGAAAGAGAGUCCACGUCGACAAAAACCUACACGAUAUUUGACCCCUGCAAUACGAACAAACCUGGAAAUCGAACGACAAACUGUUCCCAGAAAAAAAGGAGGGAGAACAGCAACAGCGGUGAAUAUGAAAUUUAUAUUCGCGACGAUCCAGUAAAUGUAACGUGUGACAUGCACUCCGAUGGCGGCGGAUGGACAGUGAUUCAACGUCGGAGCGAAAACGAAAAGGGAGACAAUUUCUUUGAAAGAAACUUUACAGAAUAUGAGCGUGGAUUUGGAACAGCCGGGGGAAGUUUCUGGAUAGGACUCGAAAGCCUUCAUGCACUUACGAGUUUUCCGAACAACCAACAAGCUCUCAGAAUCGAACUGAGAAGAGCUGACGGACGAAAGGAAAAGACUGCUGUGCACUAUAAUAAAUUUCACGUCGGCUCCGCAAAAAAGAAUUACAAGCUGAUCAUCGACGAGUACGUCGGUCCUGACCGUUACGACGCGUUGUCCCACCACAAAGGAGCCGAGUUCACCGUCAAGAACAGCACGACGGCCAAACCCGAGAAAGACGAGAAAGACGAGUGCUCCAAAAAACGUCUAAGUGGUGGAUGGUGGUUCAAGAGAUGCAACGAGGCAAAUCUUAAUGGACUUAAACUCACCUUCUAUUUGCAAACAAAGCCCCUCGGUAUUACCUGGAACAUUAAAAGCGACAUCGAGUCCCACUCUUACAUCUACGACAGGGUGGAGAUGAAGAUCAGGGACGCCGACUUUGGUUUCUGCACGGGCUCUCUCAAAUUCUAA